ACGGCUAGCUUUAUUUCUGCGUUGAAACUACCACUAGUCUCUGAGCGUCGACUUGAAAUUCACCAUCUCCGUCUUCGGGUUGAUUUUCCUCAGCUGAAUGAGCCUUUAUAUCACCGUAAACUCGUCCUAUCACCACUUUGUUCUUGUGGAGAAAAGGAAAGCACCACUCACUAUUUUUUACUCUGCUUACAUUACGACCAGCAGAGGAACGAGCUUUUCGAAAAACUCAAAGUGCUGUUGAAUUGUGAUAUAAUUCACCUUGAUCAGCUGCUUUUAAGAGAUGUUACAAUUAGACAGCUACCAGUUGAGCAAUUAAUUGCAGUCUUUUUAGUAAUACUGCGCUUUAUCAAACGUACGGGGCGGUUUAUGCCUUAAGGCCCUAUUAUUGCUAUCUUCUCUUAUCUCACUGGCACACAUGGAUCAAUGUAUUUACUCCUAAGCUACAUCUCUCCCUUUCGUCAUCUAUGAUACACACAUACGAUAUUUCUUUAAUGAAGACUCAUUCUGUUUUCUCAAUAGAUUUUUUUUUGAUUAAUCUGCCUUUUUUUUUCUCUCUCUCUCAUGGGCAUACAAUGGGGCUUGCCCCGAUUUACCCACAUUUUAUUGCUAUGUUUAAAUAUUGGAAAGUUUAUUUAUAACGCAAGACCAAGCUCUUCGCUUGUAUGUAAAAAAAAAAAGCUGAGCACAUGUUGUCGUUAAUAUAUAAUUUAAAUAAAAAAAAAAAAAAACGUCAGUGAAUGCUACUACAAAUGGGCAGUGCUAACGCCAACAUACAGUUUAACGAAUAUAAAUUUAAUGACCUGGCGAUUAAUUUAAAUUUAGUCAUAAAUGAGACUUCGAAAUUUCAAAACACCCUUGGGCUUUCGAUUUUGGAAGAUUGGUCGUGGACAUAUCCAAGAGAGACACUUGUCAAGAGCUGGUCUGUAACCAGAUCGAUAUUAUUCUCGUGGUGAAACGUUAUGAAGGCAUCCUCUUUGUUUUAGUGAAUCGUCUCCAAUGACCAAAAAAUUGGCGACUACUUGGAUGUUCAGGUUAUUCACCGUCAAACUUACGAUCAGCACCAAAUGAAGCAAAUGUUCUCGAUUACAUUCAUAUUAUUCUAGAUUAAUUCAAAUACGCACGCAUUAGAACUAUUUUAUGCAGCACAUAUACUGGCAAAUAUAAUUUAUCAGCAGUACUUAUUGAUGUUGAUCCACUUCUAAUAAAACGUCUGAUCUGAUAUAAAAUCUCAAUUGAAAACAAAAAAGGAAAUAUUUGCUGCUUUUCCAAUCUUUUAUGAAACCAACCAAGUUGAGAUGACAUCAUAGUUUAAACCUAAUCUUGUACACUUUUUAACAACUUUAACAUUUGUACAAAAUACGGCUAAGCAGAUAAAAUGGCGUAUAUCUCGACGCAAUGCGUCUUGAGUUUUCAUCCUAGAUUAUGAUUUUUAUAAACAACUCGUAGACCAUUCGAAUCCUUAUAAAAUUACCUAGAAAGUGAAAAUAAAGACCGGAAUUAAAAUUUAUUCGCUUAAUUUAGAAAUGAGAAUGCCUUGCCCAGCUGGGUGAUUCAUCAACAGGUGAUGUUGAGUUUUUAUGAAAAUUAAAACUAGCUCAUAUCCAAGGUUUUUAUAUUUAAUUAUGUUCAACAUUCUCCACAAAAUUCACCCAUAGUUUUAGAUUUUUCUGCUCACCUUGAGUCUUCUGCCUUGAAACAAUUAAUACGCACUUUACGCAACCGUCUGAGUCAGACAUUAGCAAUUCCAUUAUAAAAUAUAACACCAUUCUCUGCUACAAGUUGCAUAUCCAGAUAGGACAUGUCAUACUAUACGUAAGGAGCUAAUUUUACCUUUAUUCGAACUUUCAUUAACUGUAUUAAGCUAGGUUCAAUACAUCAUUUUUGGCAGUAUUUGACAUUUUUCACUAACUUCUACUACUACAACCUUUUUUCCAAAAAUAAUACAUAGUUAGGUAGAUGUGGUCAAGGCGCAUCUACUGACAGUAUUGACUAGUUGGUUGAUGUCGGACCGAUUUUAGCCCUGCCAAAUGCUGUUGGCAGUAAUUUCGAAGGACGAAGUUGUGUUUCUUUAUCUAGGAUAAAGAAGUACAAUCGAGAGUCUGUUAUUUUUCUCCUUUGUUUUAUUUAAAGAAUUUGUAACUUUUUUCUUUUCUUUUUUUCUGAAUAAGCAUAAAACACUUUGAGAAUUAAAUUCAAGUAUGCGGAUAGUCUUUGCGGGCUUCACUCUAUUUAUUUUCUGUCUAGAUAUUACACAGAAGCUUUUUCUAAGCCAAUAUAUUCCAAAACCAAAUUGUUUUGGAAUAUGUGGUAUAACAGUUAAAAAAUCAUUAAAGUGUUGCAGCCUAAUAUUUGAAAGAUUUAAAAAUGUACCAGAAUCCAGAGCCACUAUCAAAUUUACGAAUGGUGAUCCUCACUUUAACCCAGAAGAAGCACUUUUGUUUCCACAUCAAUGUGCUGAUGUAUUAAAUGUCAAACCUGAUGAUAAAAUACGAUAUAAACAAGAAUUAACAUUAAUAUGGUUUGAAAAAGGCUUGGUUAUGCUAGAAAACAAUGAAUGGCAACAAUUAAAACAAACAUUACAAAGAUUAAAUAAUUAUCUUCUAUUUUAUAAUGAUUCACAACAACUUAUUGAUUAUAUUCAAACAGGUCAAACUGAACAUAUAUUGCUUAUCAUCAAUGGCGAAUGUGAUAAUGACUUGCUUGCAUUUAUCCAAGAAAAUUUUGUUGCUGAAGAAAUGAAAAAUAGUACUAAACAAAUAGACCUUGUAUUAGUUUUAACAUCAGUCAAUAAAAAAAAUGAAAGUUAUCCAAUGGAAGAUAAUGAAGAAGCUAAAUCAGAUAUGAUUAUGACAUGUAGAAAAUAUUAUGAAAAUAUUAACAGAGUAUCAGAUAUUAUACCAGUGAAUGAAAACAUCAUAGCUAGCCAAAUAAAACAAAUUAAUGAAUAUGAACAACAUUAUACGUCGGAUAAAGCCAUUCAAUGGUAUACAAAAGACUCAUUCGUUUAUAGACUCAUUAACAAAGCCCUUCGAACACAAAAUCUCGAUUUAUUAUACAUGAUGCGUUUUCAUAUACGUGAUCUAUCAAAGUGUUUAAGAACAAAACAUCAAGAAUUAUCUAAAUUAAUAGGUAACAAUGACACAGAUCAAUUCACUUUGUAUCGUGGACAAUGCGGUAUAAACAUUGCAGAACAAUAUGAAAAAAGUAUUAGAAAAAUAAUAACAACAAAUGGUUAUUUUUCAACAACAUCAUCAAUAAACGUAGCCAAAAUGUUUGGUGCUGUAGGGCAACAACUGUCAGCCUCGAAUCAUCAAUCUAUUUUGUUUGAAAUAAAUAUCAAUUUAAAGUCAAUAUUAUCAUCUAAAGUUACUGUAGCUGAUAUACAUUUAUCCAGUGAAAUAGGUGAAGAAGAUGAAUAUUUAUUUGAUUUAAAUGCAACAUUUAAAGUCGAAGAUGUUCAAAAAGAAUCAGAAAAUAAUAUUCCAUAUUUAAAAAUUAAAUUGAGUAUUGUUGAUGACAAAGGUGAAGAAUGUAUAACUAAUAAUAUCAAAUUACGACAAUCAUAUGAUGCUACAGGAUUUGCAAUGAAAUUUGAUGUUGCAUUUGAUGUUAAUGUAUUUGAUACUAUUAUUCGGCUUCUUAAUCUCUGUAAUCGUUUUCGAUUAUUUGAUCAUUAUAUGUUACAUAAAUCAACCUAUGUUGAAGCCGAUGAUGAACCAAUGAAUUAUUACUGUAUUGGUGUAAAAUUGUUUAAUCAAAUCAAUGGUGCAUCUGAUAAAGAGAUCUACGAGAACGUAUUAUUAUAUUUUACAUUGUCCUAUGAAAUGUUAUUGAAUGAUAAUCGUAUACAUGAUUCUUUAUGGCCCUUACGUGGUCUUGGUUAUAUUAAUUAUAAACUAGAUAAAUAUUUACAAUCUUAUGAUCAUUAUAAGAAUGCAUUAUCAAUAAUGAAAGAUGAUGAUUUUAAUGUGGCUACGUGUAACUAUUGCAUUGGUUUGAUUUUUGAUGAAAUGAAACAAUACGACGAAGCGUUAAAACAUUAUAAAAUUGUAUUAGAAAUGGAAGAUCGAACAUUUCCAAUAUUCGUUGCAGUUUAA